GUGCCUUAGAACCAUGUUGCCUUCAGUACUCCCGCCGACAGACUGCACUAUCGCUCCGAUAGAAUCUAUCAAAUUGAUUAUAACGGAGAAGGUGAGAGCUCCUUUUUCAUUGCUUUUACAAAAUUCAUUAUGGCGUGAAAUGAAAGUGUCCGACUAAUAAAAAAACUUUGAUCAACCUCUGGAAUGAAUACCCUCCAUCGCUUAGCUUAUGAGAUGAAACUGUGCUUACGAAGAAUAUACUUCAGGGUUGGAAAUGACCUGACUGUCUUCUGGUAUUUUUGUCAUCCGUGUAUUAAUUAGGUGGCUGUGAUCAGUGCAGGAACUCAUUGACAAAUUAUCAACAUUUGUUCUUUUAAAAAUGCCAAAGGAAGACCCCGAAACCACUGCUUUGAAAAAAGAACUAACCGAUCUGAUAUCCAAAGUUAAGGCGGAUCAAGAGAAGCUUGCGGACGCAAAACUCGCGGAAAAAUGCUCCGAUCUGGGAGACGUACCCAAGAUUAGAUUCGUCACCAAGAAGACUCUGAAAGGACAUCUUAACAAAGUAAACUCAGUGCAUUACAGCGGAGAUUCCAGACACUGCGUCACGGGCUCUCUGGACGGAAAAUUAAUUAUCUGGGAUACUUGGAGCGGUAACAAAGUUCAAAUCAUACCUCUACGUUCUGCUUGGGUUAUGAGCGUCGCAUUCGCGCCGUCUGGUAACUUCGUCGCUUGCGGCGGCAUGGACAACAUGUGCACGGUGUAUGACGUGAACAAUCGUGACGCCACCGGAGCCGCUAAGAUGGUCCGUGAACUGGCCGGCUACGAGGGCUUCCUUAGCAGUUGCCGUUUCCUCGAUGACACACACAUACUGACUGGAUCCGGUGAUAUGAAAAUUUGCGUUUGGGACUUGGAAGCUGGUAAGCGUGAAAUGGAAUUUGAUGCUCACGCCGGCGACGUAGUCAGCAUUUCACUGUCACCAGACAUGAAGUCAUACGUUACCGGUUCCGUGGACAAAACAUGUAAGCUGUGGGACGUCCGGGAUGAGAAAGCAAAGCAAACAUUCUUCGGUCACGAAGCCGACGUGAAUAGCGUUUGUUAUCACAAUGGCGGUUACGCAUUCGCAACGGCUUCUGAAGAUAAAACGGCUCGCCUGUUUGACAUUCGCAGCGACCAGCAGCUGGGUCACUACACACCACCUGGAGCUAGCGGAUUCACAAGCUGCGCUUUGUCUCUCAGUGGAAGAUACUUGAUGGCAGGUUCGGAUGAUAAUUCAGUCCAUUCUUGGGAUACGCUCAAAGUUUCUCAUACAGGUACUCUGAACGGCCAUGAAAAUCGAGUGACGUCUAUUUCCGUUGCACCCAAUGGCGUUGCUAUGGCCAGCUGUUCCUGGGACUCGAGCGUCAGAGUUUGGGGCUAAAAUAUGAUCCACACAUUGACUACAUAAAAAAACCACAAUUGAUCCUGUUUAGAAUAUUUUCCUUAGCCAUGAAUAUUCUUCUUCUUCUUCUUUGUCGUUUCCUCAUUACUGAGGGUCGUGACCACCUUGGUCCAGUUUUUGCACCAGCUUCCUCCAAUGUUGCCUGCAUUCGGCCUGCUUAAUGGCGCCCGGGACACUGGUGAUUGUGGCCUCCUUGACAAUGUCCGUCCACCUGGUUGGCAAUCUUCCUCGACUUUUCUUUCCUUCCACGUGACCUACAACUAUUAAUUUUUCCAAGUUCUCAGGAUUUUGCCGGGCCACGUGUCCGAAGUACUUGAGGAGACGCUGCAUACAGAUCGUAGAUAGACGGGUCUUGACGUUUAGCUCCGAGAGAAUUGACACAUUUGUUCGGCGCUCCGUCCAUGAUACACCCAACAUUUUGCGCCAACACCACAUUUAAAAUGCGUCAAUUCUCGAUCGGGUACGGGCCUUGAGGGUCCAGGUCUCAGAAGCGUACAAGAAUAUGGAGAAGAUAAGGGUUCUCAUAAGCUUUAUCUUAGUUUUUUUGUUUAUGCUGUGAUUUCUCCAAAUCUUCUCCAAUCGCUUAACGGCUGAUUUCGACAUCUGGGCCCUUCUGACCACCUCCCUGUUACAAUCACUGUCACUGAAUAUUAUACCUUCAAUAAACGUUUAAACACA